AAUUGCCGUGAAGGGAAUUACAAAACCCUUUCCUGUACUAAUACCAAUCCCUUUUUUUUUAGUUUCUCCAUAUUCCCCCAUUCCCAACUCGCAAUUUCCCCACAUCUAGGGUUUCCGGCCAUUGUAGCUGCCGUCUCCGCCGCAAACCGCUGCUCACCACCGCCGGAAUUGUUGUCACUAUCAGAUUCUUGAUGGGGAAAAAUGAGUUUCUCACACCAAAAGCAAUUGCCAAUCGAAUCAAAGCAAAAGGAUUGCAGAAGCUUCGAUGGUAUUGCCAGAUGUGCCAGAAGCAGUGCCGAGAUGAGAAUGGAUUUAAAUGCCAUUGUAUGAGUGAAGGACAUCAGCGACAAAUGCAAAUUUUUGGACAAAACCCACACCGUAUAGUUGAGGGCUAUUCCGAAGAGUUUGAGAGCUCAUUUCUAGAGCACAUGAAGCGCAGUCAUCGAUUCAGCCGUGUCGCAGCCACUGUAGUUUAUAACGAAUACAUAAAUGAUAGGCACCAUGUUCAUAUGAACUCCACCCAGUGGGCAACUCUUACUGAAUUUGUCAAGUACUUGGGUCGAACUGGCAAAUGUAAGGUCGAGGAAACACCCAAGGGAUGGUUCAUUACAUACAUAGACAGAGAUUCAGAAACCCUUUUCAAGGAGAGGAUGAAGAAUAAGAGAAUCAAGGCAGAUAUGGCAGAUGAAGAAAAGCAAGAGAAGGAGAUCAGAAAACAGAUUGAAAUGGCUGAGCAAAUGAUGCAGCAGCCUACUCCUGAGGCUGAUGAGCCUUCACAAUCUGAGCCUCCAAGGGAACUAAAUAUGGAAGAUGGAAUUAAGAUAGGGUUUUCUCUUGGGUCUUCAUUGGUUAAACAACCUGUGACCAAGGAAAAACGUGAGGCAUCAAGGGUGGUGUUUGAGGAGGCUGAUGAAGAGAAAUAUGGGGAAAGAAAUCCUGGAAACAAUUUGAAGAGGAAAGAAAGUGGUGGUGGAAAAUCAACUUUGGAGGAAAUGAUGAGGGAUGAAGAGAAGAAAAAGGAAAAAAUCAACCGGAAGGAUUACUGGUUGCACCAGGGAAUUGUUGUUAAGGUUAUGAGCAAAGUUUUGGCAGAGAAGGGCUACUACAAGCAAAAGGGUGUUGUGCGGAAGGUGGUUGACAAGUAUGUUGGGGAAAUAGAAAUUCUUGAAAGUAAGCAUGUGCUCAAAGUUGAUCAGGCAGAGCUUGAAACUGUGAUUCCACAAGUUGGUGGCCGUGUUAAAAUUGUCAACGGCGCGUAUAGAGGAUCAAUUGCUAAGUUGUUGGGCGUGGAUACAGAUAAUUUUUGUGCUAAGGUGCAGAUCGAGAAAGGACCCUAUGAUGGCAGAGUGCUUAAAGCUAUGGAAUACGAGGACAUUUGUAAACUAGCCUAGUGAGUUGGAUGGAAUUAAUAACUCAGUGGUUUACUUCUAGUGUUCGUCUUUAUGUAUCUUUGUCUAAUGUGUUAUGCUUGUAAAACCAUAUUCAUUAUCUUAUGUUGGAUACCAUUCUUGGUAA